AUGGCGCAGUCAGUCCCAAUCACGCACGGCGGCCAGAAUCUGCUGGACUCAGUAGCAGCCCUGAAUGGCCGUGUCUUCGACACCGAUCCUGUCAUUACCUACAUGCUCCUAGAUCUCUCUCGGAAAGAAAGACUAGCUUAUUUACCGACAUACUGGGCAACGUUAAUCAAGUCCGCUUUGUGGAAUGACGCUCUGAUCACAGAGGCAGAUGGUUGGAAGGCUGCGUCGGUUCUUCUUCCGCCAGGUCGAUACCUUGAUAAUGCUUGGAGUCUGCUUUGCGCCGGCUUUUUGGGCGUGUUGUGGAGGAUUGGAUUUCCUGGGUUUAAGCGUCUUUGGUAUGAAUUCUCUGGCAUGACGGACAAUGCAAAGAGGAAAGGUCUGCACGGGCAGAAGCGCUACUACUACAUCUUCAGCAUUGGAACCGAGCACGAGCACCGCGGCAAGGGACUAGCAAAAGCUAUCAUGCGGGAUCACCAGCGGACAGCCGAAGCAGACAAUCUCCCCAUCUGGCUCGAGGCGACAACCCCAAGCUCACGUGGUCUUUACCUCUCAAUGGGCUUCGAAGAAGUCGAGGAGAUUGUACUUGGGAAGGGCAAGGUUGCUGCUGAUGCGAGUCUUCAGCCUGGUGGGCCGGGGAUUCCCUUGUGGGCAAUGGUGUGGUGGCCUGCGUCUACUCCUACUUCUGGUUCAUAA